AUGGUGAAGGGUAGUUUCGAAUAUUUGGAUCCAGAAUAUUAUAAACGACAACAAUUGACAGAGAAAUCGGACGUGUACUCAUUUGGGGUGGUUUUAUUUGAGGUUUUAUGUGCUAGGCCGGCUAUAAUUCUAGAUUUACCCGAGGAUCAAGUGAAUUUGGUUGAGUGGGCUCGCCAUUGUUAUAAAAAUGGGACCCUUGAUCAAAUUGUUGACCCUAAUAUAAGGGAGGAGAUUGCGCCAGAGUGCUUGAAGAAGUUUGGCGAAUUAGGUGAUAGUUGCUUGGGUGAAAAUGGGUUCAAACGACCAGGAAUAAAUAAUGUUUUGUGGGGCCUUGAGUUUUCUUUGCAACUUCAAGAGGAGGCUGAGAUGAAGGGUCAAGGUGAUGGUGGUGGUGGAGGUGGAGGUGGAGGUGGAUUACAACCGGUAGCGUUGGCCAGUCCCUUGACUCCUCCUCUGCAUGGAGAAUCAAUGACCGACAAUGAUGAAAAUGUGUUAAGAUCAAUGACUAACAGUGACAAAUUAAAAAAUAUGACUCUGUUCUCAGAGAUCAUGAAUCCUAUGGGUCGAUGAGAAGUGAAAUGUUCUUGGGGUGGGUCCUACGUGAGGUUCCAGAUUUUUGGUCUUCACUUUGAUUGACUUUUGAAAAGUAAGUAUUUUAUGCCAUUU